AGAGAGAAGAAGCAGCACCCACCUGUUAUGCCCUACUGCUCUCAGAAAAGUGCCCUUUUUGGCUGAAAAAAACGGCUAGUGCAGUUGCAGUGUGGUAGUGGUAGUGCUGAUUUUCCCUGAACCGUACCCUACCCUUGUCCCUAUCAAAUAACCCAAAACCUCUUUCUGUAUCCCUGAGUUUCUCGCUCCCACCCUUUCUCCCAAAUGUGCCACAAAUCCUCACAGAACUGAUUCACACUCACCACGCUACUACUCUGUUUUUACCCUAACCGACCAGUACUGCCACCUGUCCACAAAAACACCAUCAUUUCAUUUCCCACUCUUUUCUAUUUCUAUUUCCUAUGUUUUCACUCCAAUUUAUUCCUAUUCCCCUGUUUUUUCUCAUUUUGCCACUCUCCAUUCAAAACCCUGUUGCUCAUAUUUGAAUCCUCUUUCUCUUCUUUCAUCUUUGUCUUUUUACUUCCCUUCUUUCUUUUGGGUUUUUGAUCAAAAUAUCCGAAAAAUACGCCAUGAGAAACGAAGAGCUAGGAGGAAUGUGGUUGAACCGGUUUUCCAAUCUUAAUACACUCAACAACACCCCCCUUCACCGUGGCCACGUCACCUCACAACCACAAUCUUCUUCGAGUGUUUUCUCCAUGAUCCAUGAUGAUUGUGUUGAUGUUGAUGUGACGCUGUCUAAUGAUUUUGCUAGAAUGAGUGUUUUUAACAAACUAGGGAAUGUUGGUGUCAAAGCCAGAGGAAAUGGUUAUGGAUAUGGUGCUAAUGUUAUGGACUCAUCAUACCCACAUGCAUUCUCACACUCACUUUGUUCUUUUGAUGCACAUGUUCAUGAAGAAACGGGUACCCCAUUACCUAUUUGGGGUGUUUCAGUUUCUUCUGAUUUGAAGGGACACACUUUUGGACCCCCAAUGGAGUUUUCUUCUCAUACCCAAAGGAGUAACCCUUGUUAUGGACAGGUUCCACUUCAGAACCCUUUUCAUGCUACAAGGCCUUUUGCAAUGGACUGUGAUGUGAAAAGUCCCUUUCUGAUGCAACAACAACCCAAGGUUGCUAUGAAUGUUAACACUCCAUCUUCACAUUACUUCCCUGCAGCAAAAGAAAGAGGAACGACAAGGGUAGCUGUAAACCCCAAUGGUGGUGAUUUUUCUCAUUCUAGAGAGGACCCUUUGGGGUUUCAAUGUGAUGGUGGUUUUAUCUUGCAAGAGAAGGAUGUGAAAUGUUGUAAUGGUUGUAGAGGCUGCAAUUCUUUGUGGGGUUGCAAUGAGAGUUUAUCCUUACCAGUUCAAGAAGUGGGAGUGGGUGAGGAACUUCCUCAGCACAUUCCUUCUCGUGUUGCUCCCACUAAGCACGAAAAGAAUGGUGUUCUCACGAGCGACGUUUCACCUUCUUCGCAGCCGUUGUUGUACAAUUUUAGUCCUUUGGCUAAGUUCCAAGGCUACAUUUAUUACCUGGCUAAGGAUCAGAACGGUUGCCGCUUCCUGCAGAGGAUGAUUGAUGAGGGCACCUCCGAAGAUGUGCUAGUAUUGUUCAAUGGAGUCAUAGAUGAUGUUGUUGAGCUUAUGAUUGACCCUUUUGGGAACUACCUCGUGCAAAAGCUGCUUGAUGUGUGUGGAGAAGAUGAAAGGUUGCAGGUUGUGUCAAUGUUGACUGAAGAACCAGGGCAGCUAGUCAAAACCUCUUUGAAUCUACACGGGACUCGGGUGGUGCAGAAGUUGAUCACCACUGUGGACUCUAGAAAACAAAUUGCAAUGCUGAGGUCUGCCAUUCAAUCUGGUUUUCUUGCCCUUAUUAAGGAUCUGAAUGGAAAUCAUGUCAUACAGCGUUGCUUGCAAUACUUUAGCUGUAAAGAUAAUGAGUUUAUUUUUUAUGCUGCUACAAAGUUUUGUGUGGAAAUAGCUACUCAUCAACAUGGGUGUUGUGUACUACAACGUUGCAUUGAUUAUUCCACCGGAAAAUACAAAGAUAUGCUGGUAAAGGAAAUAUGCAGACAUGGGCAUCUCCUUGCUCAAGAUCCAUUUGGAAAUUAUGUUGUUCAGUAUAUUAUAGAGAUGGAGAACCCAAGUGCCUCAUUGAAACUGCAUUCUCAGUUCAAAGGGAACUACGCCAACCUCUCAAUGCAAAAAUUUAGCAGUCAUGUAGUUGAAAAAUGCCUCGUGCAUAUUGUAGAGAUCAGGUCAAGGAUAGUCCAAGAAUUGUCGUCUUUUCCUCACCUUGAGCGGUUGCUACAAGACCCAUAUGCCAACUAUGUUGUUCAACGUGCUCUCGGAGUGACCAAGGGCUCUCUGCAUGCAUCUCUAGCCGAAGCUGUUCGCCCCUACAAAACAUUGCGCAGCAGCCCUUAUUGCAAAAGGAUUUUCUCGAGGAACCUGCUUAACAAGUGAUGUGUGACUGGUAGCUAGAUAAGAAGAUAUGUUGUUUUGUUCACUUGAGUUACUAACUAGUUUUCUUUUCUCCUAAUUAAGUCCCUCCUAGUUUUAUACUUUAAUGUCGUGGCCACUAGUAUAUUUUGUAUGUAUGUAUGCCUACUUGAGUGUCUAAGAAUCUGUGAGCCAAAUAUACUAGAAACAAGUUUGACCUAGCUAGCCUCUAAUCAUCCCAUGUGAUCCAGGGGUCUGAAAGUUUCAAAGGCAAGUUUGUUUUCCAAUGGAUCAGUGAUGCAUGGUACAUCCUAUAUAUGAUGUUAUAUUUCUAGUUUCUAUAUAGA